AUGCACCCCCCACCAGGCGUCUUGGACAAGAUCAAAAGCAAAAGGCACCAUCAGCCUGGUCUAUCAGAUAGCACAAGAUUGGAAGACACGCAUUUUCAACCACUAGACGAGUGCAUGGCCAAUUCUAACAAAACUCAGUCAAGCUACGGAAAACGCCCACCGAUUUUUACAGGCAACAUCCCGCGAUCUGAACCACUUGCAGGCGCAGAUCAUCGGAAGUUGAGCUUUGAUCACAGCAGCCAUGAAGCCUCUCCUACAUCCCAAGCCAUUCGACAGAGUCCCGGACAGUCUACUGCGCAAGAUAUCGAAGAGUCGUACAUUCACCAAACAGAGCCCGAGACAGAGGAUUUCCCCCAACCAGUGUACCUUCUUGCGAAACCGCAGAUCUCGCCCAUGGAAUACGCUCGUAUGUACCUAUUGGAGAAAUCCGAGGCCUCUCGCGAGAACCGACAAUGUGAACUUCCGAGACCUGACAUGCAGUGGUAUUGGACCCCUGGUUACAAGAAGUUUCUCAACAUACCUCGGAUACCCAAGAUAAUUCGACGCGAUCUGGUUUCUGAUGAUGCCUAUUAUGUUCCUAAUGCAGACAUACAACACCGAGCAUCAAAAACAAUUCCCAAAGAAGAAGACGAGGACGAUGUAGGGCUCAUGCGUCUAUCGCUACACCUCGGAAAGGAUCCUGUUCUCUUUCCUGUUUUCCCGGAAAAACUAGAUGCCAAGGGGAGUGAUGAGGAAAUUCCUUGUCAAGGGUCCAGUAAAACGACGGAAGCCCCUAAUUCUAUUGACGUGCAACAAGGGAAAAAUCUAUUAAUGCCACACCGAGGGCCGGCCGGAGGCAGAGUCGAAGAUUGGCGGCCAAUAGACGAACAUGAAACGGAGAUAAACGAUGAGGGAUUGGACGCCACGACGCCAGUUAGUAUUGAUGGCAAUGAGAACGCAAUCUCUCAGUCGAAAAAGGCCACAAGAGGAGAUACGCCUGAGCCUAGAACCCAAGCACCUAAGAUUCACGACGGGUGCCGUUGUCAGAUAACUGCAGCAGAUCUCGGCGAAUGCUCUUCAGGAUCACGCAAGAGCUUUGAAACAGCAGCCCAGAAAGAUUCUUCAGGCCAAGUAAAUGUGAAGACUGAGGACAAUGCUGAAAACCUCACACUCUCAAGACAACUUUCACGCAUCUGCGCAAAAGACAUGUCAGUUUUGGACUUUGCCACGCCAAGAAAAAAGGGGACUCUCACAAAUCGUGUCGUUGACAGUUCUGGCGGCCAGCUCCUCCCCGAGGGUAUUCGACAAGCCCAACUGAUUUCAAGUCCCAGGGAUAAGCCCCUUCGGGGGUUGAAGGCAGACUUGUGGGAUAUCGAUGCAGAAUCGAUGUUGUCUGAACUCAAACCAGAGCCGCUGCAGAUUAAUCGACAGAGACCACGCGAGAACAAGGAUGAUGAUCGAAGAUGGUCGAGAAUGUUUAAUGGACUGAAUGCCGAUGUUCCGUCCUCACUCGGGAUGAUUGGAAUCAAGACUUCGCUCGGCUCUGAUAAAGCCAUGGACCAUGAAUUUGCUGUUGCCGAUGAUGGCGACGACGAUGAUGACAAUACGGUAACGGAAGGUGAUCGCACUCCACGUGCUUCGGAGGCCAUGAUACAGAACGUUGUAAACGCAACUCCAGCGCCCAGAGGUCUUCAGAGGUCCGCUUCGACAAUCAUCACUCCCACACAGCCAAGCAGAAGACUUCAUCAUCAAGCUUCAUACAAUUUGGAUAAUGUAGAGCACUCUGGAUUCACGCCUGAACAUCGCCGAGAAAGUACCACCCGAGGAACAUUUCCAAGAUCAGGCGUAAUGCUCAAUCUCCACGACACUCAAGCACGCCUCAGAUAUCCCCUCCGAAACCCCGAGGAUAGCCAGCUCAGUAGAAGCCUGGACGACACAACCCCAAAGGCCAAAUAUUUCAACGGGGUGUCUGAAACAGACCGAUACAAGCAGAAUUCGGUCAAAGAGUGGGUUAAAUCUAUCGCGAUGACACCGCGGAGACCCAAGAUUGUGUCGCAUGCCAGGACCGAAGACAAAAGGGAUACUUAUAUAUCAGGCGCUCAGAUAGCCUCCCAUGAUAUUUUGGAUCAGCAGAACGCUCAAUCUCUUCUGACAACCUCUACACGAGAUUUUUCUCAAUCUCAAAAGCUCCAAAAGCAGCGUCCGAAUCCGAGAGAUACUCCUAGCAGCACGCGCUCUUUUCCGAAACAAGAGUUUGACACACAAGGCCGAGCUCAAUCGCCCUUUUCUCCUGUAGGAGAUCAAAACCUUCCUCAUCGCAGAACACCGUCCCCAACAGAACAACGCACCAUUGCCGUUCCGUGGACACCUUCUUCAGGAAUCGGUAGCGUUCUCCGCAGGCGGGUGCGUUCUGGUUACAGCACACCGGCAACACCACGAACACCACGAACGCCGGCCUCCCCUCAGUUAGCCUGGCGGCCGUUUGAUGACGACCAGCCCGAACCACCUUGCGUUUCACCUUGGUCAUCGAACAAUCGAGAAAUCAAGCGGGACAGGGAGAAGCGAAUAGCUUUCUUCCGUGAAAAGGCAGAGCUUGAGUUAGAAGAAAAGCAAUCUCCUAAGAAACCGGGUCGCAAGAGCUCUUUUGGAAGCACCAUUCUUGAAGACCGCGCGAAUCGAGAUGAUUCAGUCUCAGAUAAUCGCAUGAGCAAUGAAAGUCUUGUAACCUGGAGGAACUUCAUCCAGGACGCCCCCGAGCCACUCUUUUCGUCUCCCCCUCCACCUGUGCCACCACUUCCCACCGAGUCUGAGUUGAGCCUUGCCCUCGGUCGACUUCAGCAAGCGCAGACACCAUCCAGAGCUGCUGCAGGUGCUGAGAUUCUCCCUGUUACUUCUUACCGGGCUAGGAAGCCUCAAGGACUCAAGGUUGAUACGGAUUGGGCGCGUAAAGCAGACCAAGAUGGAGCACGAACACCGAGUCGGAACGCAGGAAUGAAAUCUGCCAGUGGAAGCAGCAGCAGAACUGCACUCCGUUUAGAUGGCAGGUAG